AGACAGCACAACUCUUACAGAACUUAGACAUAACAUGAACAUCUAAAACUUUUUUAUUGUCUUUGGAGAUAGCUGAAACAACACCAUUUAAAGAAGAAUAUCCUCGCUUCUGCCAUGUUCUAUCUAAGCUGACAUCACAAUCAACUGGAAGUUGAUGUAUUGAAGAACCAGUAUUUGCAGAAGUUCUAAUCUCGUUUGCAGCUUUUUUCAUACAUUUAGAUGAAGCAGAGUCAUAAACAUUAUGUAAAAGAUUAUUAAUGUUUUUAUAUGAAUUAAAAGUCAUUGGAGGUUGCAUAUUCAUACAUCCAGCAAAUGUCUUUAAAGCUUCAUGUCCACAACCAAUUUCGCGAAAACUCAUUACAGCACGUACAUUGACUUCUUGAAUGUGUUUAUUUUUUAUUGCAGGAGAUGAGUAAAAGUUAUAACUCCAAUCACAAGAUAUACAUUCUAGUUUAAUGUUAUGCGAAAGUCCUAAUUUUUUUAUUUGGUCAAGACUGACAGUGACCUAGUCGCCACAUUCUAGGCAUCUACUCAAAAGUUGAAGACAACUUUGCAGUACUCCAAAGUGAAUUAUUAUAAAGAAUUUAGAAUCUUCUUUUUCAACAGUUAAAAGUGAAUUAUCUAAACUAAUUUUUGAUGAUGAAACAGCUUCCUUUACUAUUGGUUUAUCAAUUUGAUUUAUUGUAGCACAUGUAUAUCUGUUAGAUAAAAACUUUUUCUGAUCUUUUUCUGAUCAAUCUUAUUUUAUUUUUAUUAUUACCCAUAUUUAAUCACUCUAUAAACAUAUAAAGAACAAGUGCAGUUAUUUGUAUUAUUAAGAUAGAUAAAAAAUAUUGGAUGAGGCCACUGUGUUGACUUCAACAUAACAUAAACAACAUUACUUCUUGUUAAUUAAAUGUCAUCAUUUAAAUGAAAACUAUAACUUGUAAAUAACAGAAUGCCGUAAAACAAAGUAAACAAAUUAAAAAAUGCAUUUUGUUGUUCAAAAUUAUAAGUUUUUUGUCAAAAAAUGGGCAGAUAAAACAAAGCUGACGCGGUUGCUAAGGUGUUGCUAUGGAUAACAUCUCAAAUGACAUAUUUUUGGAAUCUGCAAUGCUUAAACUAGAUAAAGAAGCAAUAAAAAAAUAUGAUUUUUUUUUGUUUUUUACAUUUUUAAGAGGGUUGAACCACCUUAAAUUAAAAGCAUAAAAAUAAAAUAUCCUGUACAGAUACAAGAAUAUCUCAGCGGAAUACACAACAAUGCUCUUAAUAACUUAAAGUAAAAGUAUGAUAUUGAGAAUCUUUUUCCAGCAAUAAACUACAUUAUUAGUUACAAAAAAAUAAAACAGGAAACCAAAAAAAAAAGAAAAGAAAAAAAGAGCAGCAUUAAGUUAUUCUUUUUUUUGCAAGCAGAACUGUUAAAAAAGAACAAAAAUUUUAUUUAUUUUUUCUCUUUUCAUUUCAUUAUUGAAUUUGUAUAAAUAAUAUAAACGAGAUCAAAGCACCAGUACUGCUUAAUUUUUAUUUUGAUAGAUAUGGCUGGAAAAAGAGAUAAAGAAGAUUAUCUAAAAGAUCUUUAUUUGGAACGCAAGCGUUUAUCAACAUACAUCGUCAAAAAAGUUUUUCUUUAUCUCAAAGAAACAUAGAAACUGUAGAAUCUAGAGGUCAAUCUGGCGGCAGUAAUACAUAUUCAGUUUCGAACUCUGAUACUGACGAUGAUCAAAUUAUAAAAUCAGUUUGUAAAAUGAAGCCAUUGUCCAUUAAGUCACUUUUUUCAUUUGUUUCCGAAGCUAAUAAAUAUAUUUGUUUGAUGUGUCCAGAAAAUGGAAAACUUAUAUGUGGGCCUGAGCCAAAUCUGCGAAAACAUAUAUUUCAUAUUCAUAAAAAACCGGAGUACCUUUACGAUUCUCAAAAAAAAAAAUUGCUCAAGAUCAAUUCCUCGAAACGCAGAACAGAGAUGACAUAGAUGAAGCCUUAAUAAAUUGUAUUAUUCAAGAUAGCCGCCCUUUCAACGAUUUUCAUAAACCUGAUAUUCAACUCCUUCUAAACAUUCUUGCUCCGCAUUACAAGCCGCCUCAUAGAAAGACAAUAGCUAAUCAAUUAAGAAAACGGUAUUAUCAAUACAAGAACGAUCUUAAAGCUAAGCUUAAAUUAGUUGCCUACAUAGCACUAGCAACAGAUUUGUGGAAAAAUUGAGUUGGAUCGUAUUGGCUUUGCAUAACAGUGCAUUACUUAACAAAAAAAUUUAAAUACAAAUCAAAAAUAGUUUGUUUUCGUAGGUAUUAUGGAAGGCAAUUAAGUAAUAGACUUACAGCAUUUGUACAAAAAUAAAUUAAUAAACUUGAAAUUGAAUCUAAAAUUGUUUCAAUUACAACUGACAACACUGAAGAUAUUAAAAAGGCGAUUGGACCUAUUGCUUUACGACUUUCAUGCAUUUGUCAUAAUUUAAAUCUUGUUUUGAACCAUGGAAUCAAAUUGUGGACUAAACCAUCACAUAACUUAUUAGAUAGCACAGCAGAUGUAGAUGAAGAUCUUAUAUAUUACAAUAAUUAUAAUGAAAGCGAUAUCGAAUCAAAUGGAAAUAGUUCAUCUGACGAUCAAGAAAAAAUUGCAUGCACUUAUGACAAAGAAGACGUUAGCUCAGAUGAUGAAGAAAGUAGCGAGGAGGAGCAGGCGUCAACCAAUGAAAAUGUUGAACAGUUAUUCAUUUAUUCAUCAAUCAUAUUAUUCAGGUUAAGAAAGACGAUAGUUAAUGUUAAACAGUCUUCUGUUUUGCAAUCAUUUGUUUUUAGUGAGAUUAAGAAGCAGGGACUGAAAUUAAAAAAACUUUUCGUCAGAUUUUCAUGUACGUUGGAACUCAACAUUUUUGAUGAUUAGUAAGAUAAUAAAAGCGAAAUAUGUUUAUAAUAAAAUUACCAUAGAUCCUGGCACUAUCGAUGGGUUAACAGAAAAACAGAUUAAUAAACUCAAGAAACUAGCUUUGUUAUCAGAUGACUGGAAGUUCCUAGACAUUUUACAUUAUAACCUUGCUCCAUUUUUUGAAGCAACUAAACUUCUCUCUACUAAAAAUUUUCCAACACUUUCUUCAGAAAAAUUCGUCCAAAAUACGUUAAUGAACUUUCUUGAAAAUGAAUCUUCAGCUAAAUGUUUUCUUUUACAACCAUCUCCUACGGUGGAAAGAGAGAACAUGUUACGAGCUAGUCUUCUCAAGUUCAUGAAGGUAUACUUUGUUGAAAUAUGUCUACAAAACAAAAGCUGCAAAGUUUGCUAGCAUGUUUCUUUGAUCCGAGAACAAACGAGUGUCUUACAGAAAAAGAAUAUCAAGAAGCAGAAAGCAAACUUAUGAAAAAAUUUGCAAAGUCAGCACUCCGACAAUAUCCUCGAAGAUCAACGCAUACAAACAUUUGUUUGCAAAAUGAACAAAAUUAUUCGAGAAGUGACAUAAUUGAUUCAAGUAAUGAUGUUCAAUUUAAUGUUUCACCUGAAGUUCCUGUUAAACGCAAAAAUGGGUUUGCUAAGCUUGCAACAUUGUGUGGUUUUAAUCUGUGCGAAGAAAAAACACAGUCAAAACGAAAUAUAAAAGAGGAGUUAUCUUUUUUCAAUUAUACUAUAAAAGCAAAAACUUGGAAAUUCGAUGAAUUUUACUACAAGUAUAAAAACGAUAUUCCAAUGUUAGCCUCUAAAGCAAGAGAGGUAUGUACUUCACCUGCUAGUUCGGUACGGCCAGAAUCCUCAUUUAGUGUUGCUAACUUUAUUCAUCGCAAAGAAAGAAGUAACUUAAGCUCGAGAAACCUGCGGUACUCGAUGCUACUUAAAGAGAAGAAUUGAAAUUUUACUUUAAAACUUUGUAUUUAACUGAAAAUGAGGAAAAGUAUUUUAACCAGUAUUUUAAAAA